CUCAUUCCAAACAACCUUAUGCCUUACAUUCAGCAAGUUGCUGUUGGCAGGCUGCCUGAGUUGAACGUGUAUGGCCAUGAUUACCCAACAAAGGAUGGUAGCGCUAUUCGUGAUUAUAUUCAUGUGAUGGACUUAGCUGAUGGCCAUAUUGCAGCUCUCAGAAAACUCUUUAUCACAGAAGACAUAGGUUGUGUCGCCUAUAAUUUGGGGACUGGAUGUGGGAUGUCUGUGCUUGAAAUGGUCACUGCAUUUGAAAAGGCCUUUGGAAAUAAAAUCCCUAUCAAGUUAUGUCCGAGGAGGCCAGGUGAUGCCACAGCUGUUUACGCCUCCACUGAAAAAGCUCUCAAAGAACUUGGUUGGAAAGCGAAGUAUGGCACAUAGGAGAUGUGCAAAGACCAGUGGAUGUGGGCAAGCAAGAACCCACAUGGUUACAGGCCAAAACCUUGAAAAAUUAUGGAUGAAGUACUUGGGAAUAAGUGUGAAUAUAUUAGUAUGUUUUCUUCCUUCAAGUUUAUAAUCAUGUCUCCUCGUUCGUGUGAGAUAAAGAAACCAUUUCGGGUAUUGAUGUAUGUUGAUUUAAUAUCAACCUCUCAGAACUCAAACUUUUUCAGUAACUUUUUUCUUACAUGAAAGCAAAAGCAGGAUUUCUGCAUCCACCUGCAUUUGGCACUUUGACACA